AAGAGGGUCCCGUCGAAGUAGUCCAAACCUGCAACCUCAACGAACUUCGUCGACUCUCGGUCCAAAUUCCCGCCCAUAAAUUCAAUUCCUCACAGUCCAUCACAUUUCAACUCUCUCUCUCACACACACUCAGAAAUUCAUAUCAAGAGACUUCAUCGCAACAAAGAUGAUGGCGACUCUCAAAGCCGAAGAUCAGACUCAAUUACAGCUCGUCGAACGCGAAGACAUCGAUGACGAGGAAGACCUGUUCGAAGCGAUCGACAAAUUGAUUUCUCAGGGAAUCAAUGCCGGAGACGUGAAGAAGCUUCAAGACGCAGGGAUCUACACCUGCAAUGGCUUAAUGAUGCAUACAAAGAAGCACUUGACGGGGAUCAGAGGCUUAUCUGAGGCCAAAGUCGAAAAGAUCUGUGAAGCUGCCGAGAAGCUUGUGAAUUUUGGGUAUAUCACUGGAAGUGACGCUCUCCUCAGAAGAAAGUCGGUGAUCCGCAUUACAACUGGAAGCCAAGCCCUUGAUGAACUCUUAGGCGGUGGGAUUGAAACUAUGGCGAUUACAGAAACUUUUGGGGAAUUUCGGUCUGGGAAAACACAGCUUGCACAUACUCUAUGCGUUUCUACCCAGCUUCCUACCAACAUGAAGGGAGGGAAUGGAAAAGUUGCUUACAUUGAUACUGAAGGAACUUUCCGACCUGAUCGAAUCGUAACCAUUGCUGAAAGAUUUGGCAUGGAUCCAGGAGCCGUCCUUGACAAUAUCAUUUAUGCUCGUGCAUACACGUACGAGCAUCAGUUCAAUCUGCUUCUUGGCCUGGCUGCAAAGAUGUCUGAAGAACCAUUCAGACUACUGAUCGUAGAUUCAGUGAUUGCUCUCUUUCGAGUGGAUUUCACAGGACGAGGAGAACUGGCAGAGCGCCAGCAAAAACUGGCACAGAUGCUCUCCCGAUUAACAAAAAUAGCCGAGGAAUUUAAUGUUGCGGUCUACAUGACUAAUCAAGUUAUAGCUGACCCCGGUGGUGGAAUGUUCAUAUCCGAUCCAAAGAAACCAGCCGGAGGGCAUGUGCUUGCCCACGCGGCCACAAUAAGGCUGAUGUUCAGGAAAGGCAAAGGUGAACAGCGUGUCUGCAAGGUGUUUGAUGCACCAAAUCUGCCCGAGAGUGAAGCAGUAUUUCAGAUAACACCAGGGGGCAUUGCAGACGCAAAGGACUAAGCUCAAGACAUUACAUUUUCCUGAUAUCUACUAGCAGUUUAGUAUAAAGUUGCAAAUGACAUAAGCAAUAGCCCGUUGAUUAUGAAUCCUAAAAGCAUUGGAGUGCUUUAGCUGCCCUGGCCUAUGCUCUAGAUAUAUCAAAACUUCUUUGGUAAAUGUGGAACAAGCUGUAACAAAAUAGCAGCAUAUGCUAGAAAUCAAUGGACUUCAAUUCAUUAUUUCA